AUGGUGCGCUCCGAGGUGAUCAUAGAGGAAAGAGUUGAAGGCAGCGAGCUGAGACGAUUGAGUCAAGUCGGCUUUCUCGUCCCCGAUACCAACGACCUCGCGCACAAGUCGAGAGUCGCGACACGCAUCUAUCAGGAGUAUGGCGCCGUCACAGAGCUGCCCGCGGCCUUGGAAGCGAAGAUGCAAGCGGCAACCGCACAGCGCAAGAGACGCAAGGUUACGGAAGAGGAUCAGCCAUCAGAUCCCAAAUUGCGCCAAAUAGUCGGAACCCUUGCCGAGAGCUCCAAUGCGGAGAGGACGUCGCAGGCUUUGACAGUGCGCCCGCGAGGAAAUGGAGCAGCGCCGAAUGCGAAUGGACCUACGCCCCAGAGGAAUACGCCGUCUAGCGCUUUGGUCAGGAAAGACACCGUAAAGCAGGUGAAGCCGGAGUGGCAUGCACCGUGGAAGGUGUUCCGGGUGAUAUCAGGGCAUAUGGGAUGGGUCAGAAGCGUCGCCAUGGAUCCGGACAACAAAUUCUUCGUCACAGGUGCUGCGGACAGGACUAUCAAGCUUUGGGAUCUUGCGUCAGGUACCCUCAAGCUGACCCUCACUGGACAUAUCUCGGCUGUACGUGGGCUAGCGAUAUCCCCUCGACAUCCAUAUCUAUUUUCCUGCGGCGAGGACAAGACCGUCAAGUGCUGGGAUUUGGAGACGAACAAAGUCAUCCGGCACUAUCACGGCCAUCUCAGCGGCGUGUACGCACUCGAUCUACACCCUACCCUCGACGUACUAGCUACCGGUGGUCGCGACGCAUCUGUUCGUAUAUGGGAUAUGCGAACUCGCGCCAACAUUCACGUCCUUAGCGGUCAUAAGGGCACCUGCGCAUCCGUCAAAUGCCAAGAAGCCGACCCUCAAAUUCUCUCCGGCAGUCUGGACAGUACGAUUCGCAUGUACGAUCUUGCGGCCGGCAAGACCAUGGGCGUACUCACACAUCACAAGAAGGGUGUGCGAGCUCUGGCUACUCACCCGAAAGAGUUCACAUUUGCAUCAGGAUCAUCGCAGUCGAUCAAGCAGUGGAAGUGUCCUGAAGGUGCCUUUAUGCAGAAUUUCGAGGGCCAUAACGCGAUCGUCAACACGCUUUCUGUUAACGAGGACAACGUGCUCUUCUCUGGUGGCGACGACGGUACCACGGCUUUCUUCGAUUGGAAGACCGGCCACAAAUUUCAGAGUGUUAACAGUGUCGCUCAGCCGGGUAGUUUGGAUGCCGAGGCGGGUAUCAUGUGUAGCACGUUUGAUCGGACGGGCCUAAGACUCAUCACGGGGGAGAGCGACAAGACUAUCAAGAUCUGGAAGCAAGAUGACAGCGCGACGGAGGACACCAACCCGCUGGACUGGAAGCCGACGCUCGGGAGGCAGAAGUUCUAG